UUAAGAAUGUCAACAAGAGUAAUGCCGAUUCGAACGCCUUAAAUUAACUGUCAUGAAUUAUAGAGUCCGUUUUAAUAUACUGAAAGCUAAUGUGUUAUUUGACCAAAUCUAUUUAUGUAUAUUAUGAGGAAUGGAAAUGGCGUACGUCAAUGUUGCUGAAUGGUCUCCAGAACAUGUUGCCGAAUGGUUAAGAGGACUGGAAUAUUCCUUGGUGCCUUAUGUUCAAUUUUUUCUGAACAAUGAAAUUGAUGGAAAUCAUCUUUUAAAUUUAACAGCUGAUGAUUUGGAAGAGCUUCAUAUUUUUAAAAUAGGACAUCAACUUCUUAUUUUAGAAGCUGUUGAACUUUUACGAGAACUACAUUACAGUCUUAACACAGAAACACUGCAGUCUCUUGCUGUGAAAUUGGGAUGCAAAGCUCGUAGUUUGUACAAUGAUUUAAAGUUGAAUGGUCCACAGGACCAUUUAGAAAACAUGAGACAAGAACGCAUCUCAACAAAUGUUCUGUCUGCUGUUUCAGAAAUUUUGACAUCUGUGAAAGCAUUAAUUUCAUGGUUGGAUAGGCUUCCAUUUUUACAUGAUUCUUUGUGCAUGAAAUUAAAGAAAACUGUUCUUAAGCUGAGCAUUGAACUUGCUUCUACUACCCAGCGAGAUCAGUUUGCUGAAAGGCCUCAUUCUCUUAUUAAAAGAAAUUCUCUGCACAUUGCUGAGUUAUGUGAUAAAUUUGUUCAAGAUUCAAAAGAUUCAUUGAUUCUUCAGCCAGCAUCUCUAGAUAUUGCCAUGAUAAAGAAAAAGCCCGAUGAAGAAUUGGGUAUACAUAUCAAAUCAACCUAUUCUGGAGUACAUAUCAUUGGCGGUAUAAAAGAUCAGAGCCCAGCAAAAUCUUGCAACAAGGUAGAGAAAGGUGAUGAAAUUGUGCAGGUUAACUAUCAAACUGUUAUUGGAUGGCAGCAGAAAAAGCUUGUGACUGCUAUGACUGAACAUUCAACUGAAUUACACUUGACUUUGAAGAAAAGACCUCGUCAUAUAAAUAUUCUUCGAGAAGUUAUUAUUUUAAGACCAUAUCGAAUUCCAUCUAAAAAAACAGCCAACAAGUGCCAUAAAUGGUCUGAAGAUAAUAAAUUGUGUAGUCCUGAUACGUGCUCUACUUCUAAUGAGAGUGAAUGUAUAAGAGAUGAUUUUAAUGAAGACGAGGAUGACUCUGCAUUUUUACCUGAUUCAACCAAUCAUUUACUGUUAAACAAAGAUACUACUCUUCAGCUUAGACUUUAUUCUGGACCAUCAACAGCAACUGUACAAAGAAGAGCAACAGUUAGUGGUGCGUCACCCACGAUAUUAAAACCUCCAGUCAAUAUUGAAGAUUUGGUUAAUGGUGUACCGAAUGUAAAAGCUAAUGAUAGCUUUGUUCGUAGUAUUUCGCAUGAUCCAGCUUGUCCUAAACUAAGUUCAAGGUCUGAAAACUCAUUUGCUGAAAACAUAAAAUCAACUGAUUCAAACGAAAAUAGUUUGAAGAAAGAGAUGGAGAUGCCUUCAUUAGAAAUUAUAGACCAAUUUGCAUCAGAAUUAUUACCAGCUGAAGAUUUGAAUCAACUUUCAAGUAACUGUUCUUUUGAUGUAAGGUAUAAUAAAGAUAAAAGCCCAGUUCCGAUGCUGGAAGCCCUACCUGUUCAUGAAGAGGAAUAUGCAGUUCUUGAAAAUAAAAGUUUGAGCAAAACAGAUGAUUGCAUUGUGCUGCAAAAGAAGUGCACAAAUAACGCUUACAAUUCAUCUGAAAAGGAGGAACGUUCAUCUCCUGAAGUCAGUCAUCUUUGUACAGAUCAUUCAUCAAAAACUGAUGCUGCUUUAGGAAAACAUAAUAUUGUGUUAUAUGACUGGGAAGGAGCAGAUACUGAAUUUUGUGGUCGAAGACCUAGUGCUCAUGACAUAUCUAAUGAAAUAGCAGGAUUAAAGGUCUGUGAUGUGAACCCUGUUUUCUUAAGAAGAGCUUCAAAACUUGAAACUUCUCCCAUGAAUACUGAUGCCUUUCAAGAGAAAAGUACGGAGGAUAUCGGCAGCUACCAAGUUGUAAUUGUUGGAGGUGUACCACAAAAGUGUGCCCCAUCCAAGGAAGGAAAAGAAAAGAAUAAAGGAUUCGAAUUAAUUUCUCAUCCUUAUAAGAUGAAAGAUAGCAUUGUCGGAAAGUUUGGAAGUAGACGUAUUUCUUGCAAAGAUUUAGGAAAAGGAGAUUGCGAGGGAUGGCUUUAUAAGCAAAAGGAAAGAAAAGGUUUUUUCCCUUCUGGCCACCAUUGGGUUAAGCGUUGGAUUGUUCUGAAGGAUCACUUUUUAUAUUCUUAUAAAGAUGAAGAUGAUGUAAGAGCAGAAAGUCUCAUCUCAUUGCCUGGAUCAACAGUUUCUCCUGUAACAGAGUGUAAAACAAAAAAAUAUGCCUUCAAAGUUUCACAGCAGCAAGUGACAUUUUAUUUUGCUACAGAAUCUCAAAAAGAUUUAGCAAACUGGAUGAACAAGAUGGGUCUUGCAGCAAUAGCAUAUGAUGCAUCUGCUGACAUUACAACAAGUAGUUUUGCCAAGCCAGGGAUAAUUUUAGGUGUAGCUAAUAAUUUUUACAGUGAAACUGAAGAUAGUGAAAAUGGAAGCCCAACAUUUAGUAGACGAACUAUGAAUAAUGAUAGAUCUCCUGUUGGUUCAUCAUCAUCUGAAUAUUCUUCUGAGAAUGUUUCCGGAUUGAGAAGAAAAAAUAAGACUUUAAGUUUUACUAACAGUAAGGUAGUUACAAACUCAGUUGGAUUUCCAAAAAUCAAAAAACGAUAUAUGAAUAAACCAGAACCAUACUCUUAUGAGUUGCAGAAGGGAACAGAGGGUAGUAUGGAAAAAGGAUUUGCAAAUGUUAGGGGAAAUCUGUGCUAUUCACCUCAAAUGGAAUCUUACUCUAAAUCAGGCAGCAAAUACUUAGAUUAUCAGAAUGCAAGAGUUUCCUACAAUAGAUCUUUUAGUUGCACUGAAACUUAUUCCCAUUUAAGGAACCAUAGCAAUUCUUUUAGAAAAAUGAAUUAUGAAGAAACCUUAAAUAGCCAACAUUUACCUGCUAUGCAUUGCCAAGCAAGCAAUUCAAAUAUUGGUUGUAAUACAAAUACUUGGAAUUCUGUAGAAGAAGAGUAUGAUAUAUCUACUUCUUCACUUGGUAGGCAGCAAAGACCAGUUGCCAAAGAAAUCACUCCUGGACUGGUUGCCAGAAUGGCAGUUUCUUACAGCAAUUUAAGCCAAAAGAAUUCUUCUGUUACAACAAAUUUAAAUAAAAAAUCAAUUCUCAGUAAAGGUGUACCUGCACCUGGAUACGUAGCCAAAAUAUCCGAUUCUUUCGAUCAUUUAGCUAAAUCAGGAUCUGCCAGUACUAAAGAUAGAGGAAAUAAAAUAAAUUUCAUAUCAUCUACCAAUGGCAAAGUUAAAAUGCAAGCUGAACAAAAUUACAAAUAUAAAAGAAGUGCUUCUGAAAGUCAUAUGUCGAAAAAUGUUACAGAUUGUGAUACUGAAUUAUCAAAUAUAACAACUUCCUUGUCCUUAGAUCCUCAUUUUUCGUAUCAGCAGUCUGCUGCUGCGAGACCUGAGAGGUAUGUAAGUUUACUUGAUAAAGAGUAUAACAAGGUAUUUGAAGGUAAAAAAGUUUCCCAACAGUAUUUGAAAUCUCCUUCUCAUUCAAAUAAUUUUCUGGAUAUCAGCUCAGGGAGAAGGAUGAGAUUUUUUCCCAGUGGGAAUGUAGUGGAAUCAACUCGCUCAUUAGUAGAUGUACAAAAUGAAAAUAUUAGAGAGAGGAAGCAUAGACUACAAAUUUCUGCAAGUGCUAAAAAUGCAACUGGUUCAGAUUUUAUGUUCAGAGAUUCUGAGAGCUCAUUUACUACUGAAAGUAGCUAUUCUUUAUCUAGCGAUAGAUAUAAUUCUAUUCAAAAAACUAACUCUAGUUCUGGUUCACAUUUCAGUAAUGUAUUCACAUCGUCUGAAGGAAUAGAAAAUAUUGGAUUCAGCUGCAUCGACCAAACAAGUUCUGAGCAUACUGAAUUUAUAGUAUCAUCAUAUGAUAAUAAAUGUUGGGAACAGAAACACAAUAUGUAUCAUGUAGAUUCUUCUCAUCAAACUAGUCAGCAAAAUCGAAACCUUUCGCCAGAAUCGGACCAUGAUUCUCCUAAAACGUCCUUUAAGUUUUUCAGUUCUCCUAAGUUUAUGAAGAAAUUAACUUCUCCUAAGCUUGAUAAGAAAAAUAUCUUUAAAAGCAAAAAGCAAGCAAAAGAGAUGAAAAAAGCCGAGCAAAAAGAAACAUCAAGUCAAAAUGACAGAAAAUUUUUUGGUUCACCAAUCUUAGCUAGAGCACUUUUCAGAUCCCCUAAAACUGAGAAGAAAGUUAUUACUGUGUCCUCUGGUGUACAAACUGACACUCUUCUUUCUGAUCAAAUUUCUAUCAUUGCUAAUAAACCUACCCAUGAUCUAAAUAGAAAUGAAAGUUCUGCAGCAAAAGAAGUAUCAGGUGGCACUGAAUCUAACAUGGAAUCUCGAGAUGAGGAAAAUGCUACCUCCAAAAGUAGCAGUUGUAGCAGUCUGAAUAGUAUUGCUUCUAACAAUGUUUCACCACUAACAAAUUCUGUUUAUUAUGUGGAAGCUAGAAUUAAGCCUCAGAUUACUGUAAGUCUUCCUCUUGUGACUGAUAAAAGUGCAGAAAAUAGACUUUCUCCUUCUGAUGUUGCUCGAACCCCUUUGAAACCCAUGAUGGGUAUUUCAAUGCUUAGCAAAAAGCGUCUUCCAAGCAUUAGUGGGGAGAGUUCAGUAUCUGUAUCUUCCAAAAGUUCGCAAGAUGGAUCCACCAAAGAUACUACUCAAUUACAUUCCGAAAUUUCAAUGGAAAUUAAUGGAGAUGAAGAAGGGGCUCAGACUUUGGAAACACAUAGUAAUGUCACUAUAUCUUCCAAUGGUCGCACUGUGCCAAGUACUAAUAAAAAUUCUAAUUGUGAAGACAGCUGUUGAACUUCCAUGGUUGCAGGAUGAAAAUCUGACAUAGAAAAUAAUCAAGGAAAUUACUGCUAUACAUUAGUUUAAUGAUUAUUUAGUCAUUCUUUUCGAAGGAUGUAUUAAAGAGCUUAUGUUUAUUUAAAAUUAAAAUACCAGAGGACAAAUUUUUGUAAGAUAUCAGUUCUCUGAGAAUAAUUAAUAAUUAAAAAUA